AUGGCCAACCACUCUCAAUUCGGUUUCCAAGACGCUUCAUCACCCAUCAUAGAAGAACUCGUAAAGUUCCAUGACCACGCCCUUAUAGUAGCCCUAGCUAUCUGCACCCUAGUCCUUUAUCUCUUAACCGUCAUACUCACAGAAAAAUUAUCCUCAAGCACUGUUGACGCACAGGAGAUUGAACUCGUAUGAACAAUUCUACCCGCUAUUGUCCUGAUCCUAUUAGCUCUCCCCUCCCUACAAAUCCUCUACAUGAUAGACGAAAUCAACGAACCCGACCUUACCCUAAAAGCCAUCGGCCACCAAUGAUACUGAUCCUACGAAUACUCGGACUUCAAAGACCUCACAUUUGACUCCUACAUAACACCCACAGCAGACCUCCCACUCGGCCACUACCGACUCCUAGAAGUAGACCACCGUGCAGUAGUCCCCAUAGAAUCCCCAGUACGAGUGAUUGUCACCGCCGACGACGUCCUCCACUCCUGAGCCGUUCCUAGCCUAGGAGUUAAAACCGACGCUGUUCCAGGGCGCCUAAACCAAACCUCGUUCGUUGCCACCCGACCAGGAGUUUUCUACGGUCAAUGCUCAGAAAUCUGCGGAGCCAACCACAGCUUCAUGCCAAUCGUAGUAGAAUCCGUCCCACUCGCUAAAUUCGAAAACUGAUCUUCCCUUCUAUCAUCCUAA